AUGACACGAUUCAGACCCUGCAUAGACCUUCACGCAGGCCAAGUCAAGCAGAUUGUUGGCGGGACUCUUGACAGCACAUCAGCAGCGCUGCAAACAAACUACGUCUCUCAACACCCCCCUGCUCACUUUGCUCAGCUCUACCGAGACAAUGAGCUUACUGGUGCACAUGUCAUUAUGCUAGGCCCAGGCAAUGACGGGCCUGCUAAAGAGGCCCUCCAAGCGUGGCCUGGAGGCCUUCAGGUUGGGGGUGGCAUCAAUGACAAGAACGCAAAGGAAUGGAUGGAUGCGGGAGCGGAGAAGGUCAUCAUUACUUCUUACCUUUUCCCAGAGGGCCGGUUUAGUCAAGAGAGGCUAGAUGCGGUAUUGCAGGCUCUUGGCGGCGACAAGAACAAGCUUGUUAUUGACCUGAGCUGUCGUCGUCGCGGAGAAGAUUCCUGGUUCGUUGCUAUGAACAAAUGGCAGACACUCACGGAUAUGGAAGUCAACCAAGAAUCUAUCAAAUCGCUGGAGCCCUACUGCUCGGAGUUCUUAAUUCAUGCCGCAGAUAACGAGGGCCUUCAAAAAGGAGUUGACGAAAAGCUUGUGGAACGACUCUCUCAGUGGUGCUCGAUUCCUGUGACUUACGCAGGAGGUGGUAGACACCUCAAGGAUUUGGAGAAUGUCAAGAAACUCAGUAACAGCAAGGUGGAUCUCACUAUCGGAAGUGCUUUAGACUGCUUUGGGGGUUCGGGUGUCAAGUUUGAUGAUUGCGUUGCCUGGAACAGGAAGCAAGACAACUAG